AGGACGGCAAGGCGGCCGAGGCGCCGUCGGCCGAGGACGCGGAGGAGGCGAGGAAGAAGAAACUCAAGAAGGUGAUUAAGGAGGGCGGCAAGCGCGGCGUGGAGAUCGAGGGCGCCGCCGACAUGGGCGGGCUGCAGUUCUUCUGCACCGCCGUGGACGAGCCGGACGGAGACACUGAGAUGAUCGUCAAGUCGAUGGAGGCCAUGAACCAGAAGAGCGACCCCACCGAGGAGGAGCGCAAGGGCGGGUCGGGCCACAUCGGCAAGAUGAUCUUCUCGUGCGGCACGGAGCAGCUGGCAGUCUGCGCCUACGUGCCCGAGGAGAAGCUGGGGGAGCUCAACUGCAAGGAGUGGCUGGAGAAGAGAGGCCUCCCCGAGCUGUCCUGA